CUUCCGGGUCAAGGGGCGGUGAGCCGGACGGGUGCGGGCCGGAGAGCAAGAGAACAUGAAUUCAGCAGGGAGGAAAAGAGGAAAGCCCAACAGAGGAGAAGGAAGAGGGAGAGGAGGAAGAGGAAAAGGGAAAGGAGGAGGAGUCAGCAGUGGCCAUUCGAACAAGUCUCAUCUUGGUGGAAAUAGGAAAUGUUCAAACAGAAUUUGGGACGAUGGAGAUGAUUUUUGUCUCUUUGAGGAACCAAGGCUGGAAUCCAGAUCAAAUGCCCCUGCCAGAAGAGGAGGGCAAACGAAACAGAGACCUGAAGCAAGAAUGCCUCUGCAGACUAUACAUAUGACAUCAGAGAAUCAGAGAAGAGUGAAAGAACUACUUCGAGAGCUUCAAGGGCAGGAGCUGGCUCCUGAAUCAGAAGUAGCUGGUUCCGGUGAAGAUGAUGAUGAACCUGAUUACCUUGAUGAUGAACAGUGCUGGUCAACAGAUCAGGAAUUUUCUGACAUAAUACCAAGGUCAUCUACUGAGCCAGCUGAGCAUAGAAUUGUGGAAAGUGAAGUGUCUUCAUUUGCUGUGUACAAACUCUCCAGGUAUGGUUUUGACAGUGAGCGUUGUAGGACAGUACUGAGAUCCUGCAAUGGUAAUAUUGGGGCAUCAUUGGAGUAUUUGCUAUUGCAGUGCUUUACUGAAAGCUAUGGAGAGAAGAUGCAGGUUUCUGCAACAGCUGCUGAAGCCAGUCAAGAAGAAUGUUUAGAACAGAGACAGGAGGAGGCUUUUGCCCUCCGGUCAAUCUAUGGAGAAAAAUUUGUAGAAAGAAUUCAAAACCGUGUUUGGACUUUGACUUUGGAAUUGGAGUGCCUAGCAAACAGGCUCAGCAAAUCUAAACAAAAGGGUGUUUGUACUACAGACGGAACAAAGCAGACUUCAAAGGAAAUAUGUAAAUUUUAUCUCCAAGGAGGCUGCAGGUUUGGUUCAAAAUGCAGAUUUGGACAUGAAUACCCUCCAAACCACCCACUGACACCAACCAGGAACUCUGUAGAUGAUGUUUAUCUCAGACCUAAAACUGAUGGUCCUGUAUAUGAACUUGAAGUAAGAUUUCCUGAAGCAAACAAGUAUCCACUUCAGGCACCCCUUCUGGCAUUUUAUUCCACUGAUGAGAAUCUACCUCUUGCUUGUCGUUUACACAUUGCUGAAUUCCUCUUUGGAAAGGCCUUGAUAGCUGCAGAGUCUAAUGAACCCGUGGUAUACACUUUAGUGACUUGCUUGGAAGAUGAAUCUGAAAUAAGCGAGUUACUUAAAAAUACUAAGCAUAAGUACAGUGUUCCUCCUACGUCCCUGCUGGAAACACCUUCAGUAAAGCUACAGACAAAGAGUACAUCUGGUUCAAGUCAAAUGUGUGAAGCAUCAACAGUGUCAGAGCCUCAGGAAGCAGAGAUGGCAGAAGAGGAGGAGGAAGAUGAGCCUGAUCAAGUUGUUGUGGAGAAUGAGAGUUACGUGAACCUCAAGAAAAAGCUUUCCAAAAGAUAUGAUGGGCAGGCAAAGUCUCUAUGCAAUGAAAAUGUUAAAAUCUGCACACAGUUUCGACUGAAAAAGUCUUCUAGGCACUUCCAGUCCAUGUUGUAUGAAAGACAGAAGCUCCCUGCAUGGCAAGAGAGGGAAACCAUUCUUGACUUGCUGGAGAGCCACCAAGUUCUUGUUGUGAGCGGCAUGACGGGGUGUGGGAAAACCACUCAGAUUCCUCAGUUUAUUCUGGAUGCUUCAUUGCAAGGAUCUCCAAGCAGAGUUGCAAACAUCAUCUGCACUCAGCCUCGCAGGAUCUCUGCCAUUUCUGUGGCUGAACGUGUAGCCAAAGAAAGAACAGAAAGGAUUGGACUCACUGUUGGAUAUCAGAUCCGUCUAGAAAGUGUGAAGUCCUCAGCUACCAGACUCUUGUACUGCACUACUGGUGUGCUGUUGAGAAGGCUGGAAGGAGAUCUGACUUUGCAGGGAAUCACACAUGUUAUUAUUGAUGAAGUUCACGAAAGAACAGAAGAAAGUGACUUCUUGCUGCUGGUUUUGAAGGAUAUAAUGGUUCAGAGGCCAGACUUGCGCAUUAUACUAAUGAGUGCCACCUUGAAUGCAGAGCUUUUUUCUCAAUACUUUCACUCCUGUCCAAUUAUUAACAUACCAGGUCGAACAUUUCCUGUGGAUCAGUUUUUUCUGGAAGAUGUGAUUGCAAUGACAAGGUAUGUUUUAGAGGAUGGUAGUCCCUACAGGCGCAAGACAAAGCAAGAAAACAAGCAGAAUGGAAGACAGAAAAGAACUGCAUUUGAAGAAGUAGAGGAGGACCUGAGACGUGCUGGCAUUCUGGAAGGCACUGACACAGUUGUCAGAGAUUCAGACCCAGACCAAAAAUUAACUUUGAAGCAGCUCCUUACACGGUAUAAAGGGGUUAACAAGAUGGUGUUGAAGACGAUGUCUGUCAUGGACUUGGACAAAAUUAAUCUGGAAUUAAUUGAAGCCUUGCUGGAGUGGAUAGUUGCUGGCAGACAUUCAUACCCCCCAGGUGCUGUGUUGAUAUUUUUGCCUGGUCUAGCAGAAAUCAAGAUGCUUUAUGAGCAGCUCCAGUCUAAUGCUCUUUUUAAUAACAGGCACAGCAAGAGGUGUGUUGUUUAUCCACUUCAUUCUUCACUGUCUAGUGAAGAACAGCAGUCUGUGUUCAUCAGGCCUCCUGCAGGAGUUAUCAAAAUCAUCAUCUCUACAAACAUUGCAGAAACAUCUGUCACCAUUGAUGAUGUGGUCUAUGUGAUUGAUUCUGGAAAAAUGAAAGAGAAAAGAUAUGACCCAAGUAAAGGAAUGGAAAGUCUGGAAGAAACAUUUGUGUCCAAGGCCAACGCUCUGCAAAGGAAAGGGCGAGCAGGCCGUGUAGCCUCAGGCGUCUGCUUUCAUCUUUUCAGUAGCCAUCACUAUAACCAUCAUCUUAUAAACCAGCAGUUACCAGAAAUACAAAGAGUGCCCUUGGAGCAGCUUUGUCUGAGAAUUAAGAUUCUGGAGAUGUUUUCUGCACAGAGCCUUCACUCUGUCUUAUCACGACUGAUUGAGCCUCCUAGAACUGAAUCUUUGCGAGCAUCAAAGAUGCGACUACAAGACUUGGGAGCAUUAAGUCCUGAUGAAAAGCUCACCCCUCUGGGAUAUCACUUGGCUUCUCUGCCUGUUGACAUCAGGAUUGGCAAGUUAAUGCUGUUUGGCACCAUCUUCCGCUGCCUGGAUCCUGCACUAACUAUAGCAGCCAGUCUGGCCUUUAAGUCACCAUUUGUGUCGCCAUGGGAUAAAAGGGAAGAAGCAAACAAAAAGAAGUUGGAGUUUGCAGUAGGAAACAGUGACUACCUGGCUCUUCUCCAGGCAUAUAAGGGAUGGCUUUUAAGUGUCAAAGAGGGCUCUCUGGCAAGCUACAACUACUGCAGGGAGAACUUUUUGUCAGGAAGAGUACUUCAGGAAAUUGCCAGUCUGAAACGGCAAUUCACAGAACUGCUUUCUGACAUUGGGUUUGUGAAAGAGGGAUUAAGAGCCAGGGACAUUGAGAAGAAGUUGUCCCAAGGAAGCGAUGGUGUGUUUGAUGCCACAGGAGAAGAGGCAAAUUCAAACGCAGAGAACAUCAAGCUGAUCUCAGCUAUGUUGUGUGCUGCACUGUAUCCCAAUGUCGUCCAGGUGAAAAAGCCAGAGGGCAAGUACCAAAAGACCAGUACAGGAGUGGUCAAAAUGCAAACAAAAGCAGAAGAGUUGAAGUUCAUUACCAAAAAUGACGGUUAUGUUCACAUUCAUCCUUCAUCUGUGAAUUACCAGACUAGGCACUUUGAGAGCCCCUACCUGGUGUAUCAUGAGAAAAUCAAGACCAGCCGUGUGUUCAUUCGAGACUCCAGUAUGGUGUCCGUGUACCCGCUGGUCCUGCUUGGCGGUGGACAGGUUCACAUGAAGCUGCAGAAGGGAGAAUUUGUCAUUUCUCUUGAUGAUGGAUGGAUACAGUUUGUGGCUGCUUCUCACCAGGUGGCUGAGCUGGUGAAAGAGCUGCGCUGUGAACUGGACCAGCUGCUGCAGGAUAAAAUCAAGAAUCCCAGCAUGGAUUUAUGCAUGUGCCCCCGCGGAUCUCGGAUCAUUGGUAUGAUUGUAAAGCUUGUGACCACGCAGUAAUGGGGAGAGCAGCUUUCUAUAAAACCUCACUGUUUACUACUGCCUGAGAACAGAUCACGUAACAUCAAGGUCUUGAUGUAUUUGUUGUCUCAAAACAUGGCGCUGAUCUCUGGAAAACCAAGUUGGCAACCGGUUUUAGGACUUUUUCCUUUGUUUGGAGAGAGCUCGUUUAUUGAAAUUAAGGUUGUCAACACUCUGGGACAUGGGAAAAUGGCAACUCUCCUAGGAGGAAUAGAAACCUCCAAGUAAAAAAGUGUUUUUUCAUGAGACUAUACACUGGCAAGAGUGUUUUCUGGUCGCAAAAAUAACUACUGCCUAGCUGCUUCUUGUAAUAGUGAUGUCUGGAGGCAACAUGCGAUGUCAUAAGCUGCUCCCAAACUUGUUUAAGCUCACUUCUACAUUUUGGCCAAGACUUUACUGAGGUAGUCAGUCUUGGCUGACCAGGGAUCAUUUUGCUUAUGGUUCAACCUAAAGUCCUUAAGAAGGUGAGCACCUUUUG